UCUUAGGAAGCCAGUUUUAAAACCUGCCUCUAAAUUAUUCAGAAUAAUUUAAAGCGAAUUGUGCGAUAUUUAUUAGUGAUUUACACUCAGGCUCCUAACGCGCUACCCUAAGGGUCUUUCCUCGCACAGCAACAGUACGACCCUGAAUGUGAAAACGUGUCAAACUCAAAGUAUUUUAAAAGUGACACCACUGUGUAUUAUUAACGUGAUACCUUGUGUCACUUUACAUUAUAACUUCCCUGUUCAAACUUUGGGAACAUGCUUCACCCUGAUUGGCUGUUAAACAGACGCGUGCAAAAUGAGCUCUGAGGUGUGCCCGUUCUGUGGGAAAACCUACAAAAGGUUGAAGAGUCACCUGCCACAUUGCAAGGCAGCAGCAACCUCCAAAACACCUCCAACUAAACACAAUGCCACGGUGAACCACACAUCAUCAUCUUCUCAGCUGGCCGCAGCCUCGUCGACGCCACCAGCAAAGGGGGAAAAGUCCACACAGAUGCUGUCAGUGAAUGCAAGUCCACAAGUAAGGAAGAGUAAGAAGGUGUCUGUGAUAUCACCAGCAACAUCUUUGUCGGAGUCAUUGUCCCCGAGUUCUGCAUCACUUCCACCAUCAACUAAGAAGAAGAAACAGAAGCUGUCUGAACAAAUAAAAACAGUCACUAUGCCCUCUUCUAACACAGUUUCUCUCUCCCCAUCACCGUCUCCCACCAUCUCUGAGCCCAAAAAGAAGAGUCUCCGUGCUUUGAUAGAAGCUGCGAAGUCCAAAGAGGUUUCUAAGGGAUUGCUGGAGGGAACCAGAUCUGCCCAAGAGGACCUGCCUUCAGGUUCAACUCCAUUUGUGGCAGAUCCUCUAAGCUCCAGAGCCACAGCUCAGACAGAGACCAAAACCACUCCCGACAAAGACUUAGACACCAAACCCAAAGGAGCAUCUCAAAUGAAGGCAUCAAAGACGAAGAAGGCAGCACAAUCCCAUUCCACAAGCAAAUAUACCUCUAGCUCUCUGGAAUCUAAAGUAAAUGAAACUAGUGCAAGACCCAUUGUAAGAGACAACUUCUGGGUGGACACCGAGGGGGAAAUUGAGGAUUUAUCUGUGAAUAAGAUGCACUUGAAAUCAGGAAGUGGUCACCAGGCCAGGAUUACCCUCCAGGAUGUUAAAGCCACAUUAGGCCGAGCCAACGCCACGCGUCAGUCCUGGAGGAAAAGCAUCCUGAGCCAGAUUGAAACUACUGAUCUAAGCAGCAAAAUCAAACCUCCACUCCCACCGGCGAAUCAAGAACAUGUUGAUAGCUGCGUGGUAAAUACUAAAACACUCUCAGACCAGCUGCCCAGCACCAGUUUACAACAUACAAGGCUGCAGUCAGUUAAAAGAAAAAGCUCAAAGUCUAAACAAGCAACUUCAAUUCCGGGUCAACAUGAUGGUUCCCCUCAGCAUGAAUUAGCGUCCCCUGCGACUCCCCUCCUUAAUGGCCAUUUGUUGUCUCAGGUGAGCCAAGCCACAUACCUUCCGCAUACAGUCAGCGUGAAUGAGGGGCUGAAGGUGGGCCAUCACAUGACAGGACUCUGCACAAUAUCACCAUCACUCACCCAGUUUUCUAGACCGCAUUGUUUCCGUCUAGCACCACAAACUCUGCCGGCGAGGGUAGAGACACAAAGAGUUGCCGAUGGGUUGACGAUGCAGAUGUCGCAGCUCGAGGUCCGGAAACAAAACACUGCUGAUAAUGGAACCAAAGGUGCUCUGACACAGCAGAGUCUUGGACAGGUGAGACUGAAGGAGUUGCCUGGGUGGUUGGCCUGCAAAAGUCCCAGCCAUCCAAGAGAAGUCGUGGAAAUGGUGCAAAGUGGCUGGCAGUGGUAUUACAAGAAGUAUAUUGAUGUGAAGAAAGGUGGUGUAGGUGGACUGGGCAUGUUGUUGGCCGGAUACUGUGUGCUCAGCUACAUCUGGAGUUACCCUCAUAUAAAGCGUGAUCGCUGGAGGAAGUACCACUAAGGCCAAGGAAGAAUGUUGAGUGAAGAAACAGCAGCUUUGGGAGAGCAGGUUCAGGACUUUAGGAGUCCAUUCUGUCAGUGACAUAUAAUUAAUCCAAAUCCAAACAUUUCCACAGGAUUUAUGUUUGAUUAAUGAAAUUUGUAGUGGUUUCUUGUCACUAAAGUCAGCUGGUUAGCUUAGUACAGCAUAAAUACUAGAAAUGGGGAAAUGGCUAGCCUGGCUCUGUCAAAUGGUGACAAAAUACACGAGCACCUUUAAAGCUCCCUAAUUACCAUCUUUUAUCUUGUUUGUAUAAUCUGCACAAAGACUGAGGUGAAAAAAAUUACAAUUUUCCUUUUACUGUGACCAAGCUAAGUUAAAUGGCUGCUGUCUGUAGCCUACUAUUUAAUGGGCACAUGUAACUGUUGUGUAGAGUAUGGUUUCGAUCAUCUCAUUUAACUCUUCACCAUAAAAUAAAAAAGCCAAAUUUCCAAAAUGUCAAACUACACUGCUUUAACAACUGGAAGACUUGUGAUUCUGACACCAGUAUUUUCAUUCUCGACUGAUUUGCACCUGCACAGGACAUCGUCUGUGGGCAUGUCACUAUGGUUUGUAGGAAUUGUCUGUUUCGUUUCUAAUUAUUUAUUUGCUCUAUUUAAUCUGUUUAUAUUAUUUGGUUUGCGUGGUAUCUACUACUAAAAUAUUUUUUUUGUUUUGAUCUUAAGAGACCAUGUGCUAUAGUCUUGCUGUGUCCCAGGGGCUCCGCUAGGUGUCAUUGUUGAGUUGUGUUACCAAAAGCAGAGUGGAUGGCCAGUCAAAUGUUUGCUAUGCAGAGUUUUCUUAGCUCCUUUGUGCAGAGGCAAUGGUGCUGGGGUCCAUGAGAGGAUUAAAGGGAACCAACAGAUUUUUAUCUUGAUAAAAUGAUCUUAUUCUGGCAGCCCAGAAACAAGAGAGAAACAUGAAAUUCAAAAUGUCCUGACAUCAGUAUGCGUGGAAAGAUCAUAUCUGUGCAGCAAAGGGUGACAAAUCUGUUUUUCUUUUGCAAAAGCUUCCACUGCCACGUGAUGUUAUUAUGCAUGCUUAGUGUGUCAGUGCCAGUAUGUGAACACUCACAGAAUAGUAAUAGGGGGACGGUGAAGAGGUUCUCAGCUGGACUGGACCAGUUUUGUUAUUGUAUUCAAAAUGAAUUUAUUGUUGACUCUCUUUUGAUGCUGUAGUGAACACUGAUUAGCUAUAAAUGAAGAAAUGACAGUAUUUUUGUAAUGAUUUUUCCUGACGCUGCUUCUUAGCCAAUACAAUAAAAAAUAAUUUCCAUUUUCUCA